AGAUUCAAGAAUCCCACAACUCUCUUGCACCACCAUUGAUCAUCUUUUUUUUGCUUGUUUAUUAUUGGGCAAACCCCAUCAAAUAGAUACAUACACACAUACUCUAUCAACAUUCAUUCCUCCAUUCUCUCUCUCUCUCUCCUCUUUCUCUCUCUGUAAUCUUGCAGCUGCAACAGCUCCCCUCAAACUCCGCAGCCCCCAAAAAACAAAAAUUCCCAAAAAAGUCUUUAAUCCGUCUUUGGGAUUUUGCAGAAAGGGGGCUGCUCGAUUGAUUCCGCUUCAAGAUUCCUCUUUUCGCCCAUAUGGAAUUCUGAUUUUUAUUUUCUCACGGAAAAUUUGUUGAAAGUAUCCAUAUUUGGCAAGAAAGAUUGAAUCUUUGGGGACCCAAUUGAAAUAUCAAAUAAAUUGUGGGGGGUUAUGGGGGUUGUUGGUGAUGCAGAGAAUAAUAAUGGAGGGAAGUGUGGUGUUGGGGGUUUGAAGACACUUGUGAGGAGAAAACAGGUUGAUUCUGCUCAUACAAAUUCAACUGAAGGUGGUCAUCAUGGUUUGGCUAGGGCGUUGACUAUUCCCCAUCUCAUUGCCAUAGGAGUUGGUUCGACGAUUGGUGCUGGAGUAUACAUUCUUGUCGGUACAGUUGCAAGAGAGCAUUCGGGGCCCGCACUUACAUUCUCAUUUCUGAUAGCUGGAAUAGCAGCUGCUCUUUCUGCUUUCUGCUAUGCCGAGCUCGCUAGUCGUUGCCCUUCUGCUGGAAGUGCCUAUCACUAUUCCUACAUAUGCGUCGGAGAAGGUGUUGCUUGGCUGAUCGGUUGGGCGCUGAUAUUGGAGUACACUAUCGGAGGUUCGGCUGUCGCUCGCGGCAUAUCUCCUAAUCUGGCUAUGCUUUUCGGAGGUCCGAAUAGUCUGCCAUGGUUUCUAGCUCGACAAACCAUCCCCGGACUUGGAUGCGUGGUUGACCCGUGUGCCGCCAUUUUAGUAUUCUUGGUCACUGCGCUUCUCUGUGUGGGAAUCAAAGAGAGCACGUUUGUGCAAGGAGUCGUCACUGUAGCAAAUAUUUGCGCCAUGGUCUUCGUCAUUGUAGCUGGUGGAUACUUAGGCUUCAAAACCGGAUGGCCUGGUUACAAACUUUCCUCCGGAUAUCUUCCGUUUGGAGCCGAUGGGAUGCUAGCUGGCGCUUCAACUGUUUUCUUUGCAUUCAUAGGAUUCGAUUCGGUUGCUAGUACAGCUGAAGAGGUGAAAAACCCUCAGCGAGAUUUGCCGAUGGGAAUCGGUUUUGCACUGUCGAUUUGCUGCACUUUAUAUAUGUUGGUUUCCGCAGUUAUUGUUGGUUUAGUACCGUAUUAUGCAAUGGAUCCAGACACUCCGAUUUCCUCUGCUUUUGCUAGUCACGGAAUUCAUUGGGCAGCAUAUAUAAUAACUCUUGGAGCUUGCACUGCUCUUUGUUCGACAUUGAUGGGUUCGAUCCUUCCACAGCCGAGAAUACUUAUGGCAAUGGCAAGAGAUGGAUUGCUGCCAUCUUUUUUCUCCGAUGUGAAUCAAAACACUCAAGUUCCGAUGAAGGGCACUAUCGUAACUGGUAUUCUCGCUGCCACCUUGGCGUUCUUCAUGGAUGUCGAACAGUUGUCCGGAAUGGUUAGUGUUGGCACACUUCUUGCAUUUACAAUGGUAGCAAUUUCAGUGCUUAUACUGAGAUACGUACCCCCAGACGAGGUCCCACUUCCAUCGACUUUUCAAGGGGCGAUAGAUACAGUUUCGAUGCGAUAUAGUGUAAGCAAUAACAGUCUCGCAGAUUCCGAUAUGGAGAACACCAAAGUUUAUCACGGGGUUACCACAGACGAUUCUGCCCCUAUUUCUUCAGUUAUCCAAGAAGAAACAACCAUCGAAUAUCCUCUCAUAGAGAAACCAGCUCCGAAAUUGAACUGUAUGAACGAAGAGAAGCGUCGGAAAAUUGCGGGAUGGACAAUCAUGUUUACGUGUGUUGGCGUGCUCGUUUUAACUUCUGCUGCUUCAAGUUUGACCCUCUACAGCCUUAUUCGGUUUUCGCUUUGUGGAAUUGGUGGGGCCCUUCUUUUGUCCGGGCUGGCGGUGCUGACCUGGAUAGACCAAGAUGAUGCGAGGCACAGUUUCGGCCACACGGGAGGGUUCAUUUGCCCGUUUGUUCCGCUUCUACCUAUCGCCUGCAUUCUGAUCAACGUCUACUUGUUAAUUAACCUCGGUUCCGCUACAUGGACACGAGUGUCGAUUUGGCUGGUAGUAGGAGUACUCGUCUACAUUUUCUACGGGCGAAAAAACAGCUCGUUGAGGGACGCGGUUUAUGUUCCAGCAGCCCAUGUCGAUGAAAUAUACGAGAGCCACUCCGACCUUGUGCUAUAAAAUUAUACAAUUGAAAUCGUCUUUUUUUUUUUCCCUUUUCGUUUAGUUUUUUUUAGCGGCAAAAUCCCAAAUUGAGCAGGUUUUAAUUCUGUUUACAGUGCUUUGGAGGCAAAUCUGUGAUCUCAGAUUUGCUUGGAAAAAGAUUCUCUCUC